UCUUUUCUUGAAUCCCUUUGUUCAAUUUCUCUCUCAUGUGCAUCUUCUAAAAAAUAAAAAUCUUGAGAAUGAGGCAUUUCUUUACUGGCCAUAGUUAAGAGCCUGCAAGCUGUUUGAUAAAAGGAUUCUUGUUGCAGUCCUACUCUGCGAAACAUAAAGCUUGGUGCAAAUCUGUUGGUGGAACCGCGGAAGGGGCUUUCAUGGGCUAAUGUGGUUGACUCGCUAGUUUGGGGAGAUUCAUUGGUAGCUUUUGCAUAUUAUUUUCCUCUAGAAAGAAUGGAGGAGUUGUCUCCAGCUGUUGCUGUUACACUCAGCUUAAGCACCUCUAUCUGUGAUAACCCUGCAAUUUCGAACAAUAUGGAAAUCACAAGGCUCAAAUUAGUGACUGACACAGCUAGCUUACUUUCAGAUCAUCCAUCUUUGUUGCAUGUUGAGCCCAAUACCAGUUGGGAUGGAAAUAGCAACGGUAUGAAAGCUGAGGUGGGUAGAGUUCCCUUUUGUGGUCCAUUGCAGACUGUAUUGGGAGCUGAAAAUGGCCUGAUUGUUAGCGAUAGCAUCAUUCAGGGAAAUGAAGAAGACGAGAUUUUAUCUGUUGGAGAGGAUCCUUGUGUAAUUAAUGGGGAGGAGUUGUUGCCACUGGGCGCUAGCUCGGAGUUGAGUUUGCCAAUUGCUGUUGAAAUCGAGGGUAUUGACAAUGGUCAAAUACUUGCCAAAGUCAUAAGUUUGGAGGAAAGGAGUUUUGAGAGAAAGAUCAGUAAUCUGUCCGCCGUUGCUGCUAUCCCAGAUGAUGAAAUUACUACUGGCCCUACGCUAAAGGCAUCCGUAGUGGUUCUUCCGUUGCCCAGUGAGAAUGAACCUGUCAAAGAAAGUGUCAAGAGUGUGUUUGAAUUGGAAUGCGUGCCACUCUGGGGCUCUGUAUCUAUCUGUGGAAAGAGACCAGAGAUGGAGGAUGCUCUUAUGGUUGUUCCUAAUUUCAUGAAAAUACCUAUCAAAAUGUUUAUUGGUGAUCGUGUGAUUGACGGACUAAGUCAACGUUUGAGUCACCUGACAUCUCAUUUUUAUGGUGUAUAUGAUGGUCAUGGAGGAUCUCAGGUUGCGGAUUAUUGCUGCAAACGCAUUCAUUUAGCAUUAGUUGAGGAGUUAAAACUUUUCAAAGAUGAUAUGGUGGACGGGAGUGCAAAGGACACACGUCAGGUGCAGUGGGAGAAGGUCUUUACUAGUUGCUUUCUCAAGGUUGACGAUGAAGUUGGGGGGAAAGUGAACAGUGAUCCCGGUGAAGACAACAUAGAUACCACUAGCUGCGCCUCUGAACCUAUUGCCCCGGAAACUGUGGGGUCCACUGCGGUUGUAGCGGUGAUAUGUUCAUCUCAUAUUGUAGUUUCUAAUUGUGGGGAUUCAAGAGCAGUCCUUUAUCGUGGCAAAGAAGCAAUGGCACUGUCAAUUGAUCAUAAACCAAGCAGAGAAGAUGAGUAUGCUAGAAUUGAAGCAUCUGGUGGCAAGGUCAUUCAGUGGAAUGGACAUCGUGUUUUUGGCGUCCUUGCAAUGUCAAGAUCUAUUGGUGACAGAUACUUGAAACCAUGGAUUAUACCCGAACCAGAAAUUAUGUUUGUACCACGAGCCAGAGAAGACGAAUGCCUAGUUUUAGCUAGUGACGGGUUGUGGGAUGUCAUGUCAAAUGAGGAAGCUUGUGAAGUAGCUAGACGACGAAUUCUGCUAUGGCACAAAAAGAAUGGGACUAAUCCUCUGCCGGAAAGGGGCCAAGGAGUUGAUCCUGCUGCACAAGCAGCAGCAGAGUAUCUCUCGACGAUGGCUCUUCAAAAAGGUAGCAAAGACAAUAUAUCUGUGAUUGUGGUGGACCUUAAAGCUCAAAGGAAGUUCAAGAGCAAAUGUUAA